ACUCUUCACUCUCUGCGUGUGUAUUUUUUUUUUGGGUUCCCUCUCUCUCUCUCUGUCCCUGCGAAAUAGGGCUCUGCAUUUUCCGGCGAACGGAUAUCAGGAGGAGCUAGGGUUCAGGGGAGAUGGGGAGUCCUUUGCUCUCGGACUUGGCGACGGAGAUCGUGAUCCCGGUCUGCGCCGUCGUCGGGAUCGUCUUCUCGCUCGUGCAGUGGUUCCUUGUCUCGCGCGUGAAGCUCACGCCGGAGCGAAACCCGCCGUCCACCGGCAACAAGAAUGGCUACAGCGACUACCUAAUUGAGGAGGAAGAAGGCCUCAACGACCACAACGUCGUCGUUAAGUGUGCGGAGAUACAGAGCGCCAUCUCCGAAGGUGCGACCUCAUUUCUCCUUACCGAGUAUCAGUAUGUUGGAAUUUUCAUGAUUGCUUUUGCAAUCUUAAUCUUCCUCUUCCUUGGGUCUGUUGAGGGCUUCAGCACAAAGAGCCGGCCAUGCACUUAUGAUGAGCUUAAGACAUGCAAGCCCGCGCUAGCCACAGCAGUCUUCAGUACCCUGUCUUUCUUGCUUGGUGCUAUUACCUCAGUCCUGUCCGGCUACCUUGGGAUGAAGAUUGCCACUUACGCCAAUGCAAGAACAACUUUGGAAGCGAGAAAAGGCGUUGGCAAAGCCUUUAUCACAGCAUUUAGGUCUGGUGCGGUGAUGGGUUUCCUCCUUGCUGCAAGCGGCCUGUUGGUUCUUUACAUUGCUAUCAAUCUCUUUAAGCUGUACUAUGGUGAUGACUGGGAAGGCCUUUUUGAGGCUAUUACUGGUUAUGGUCUUGGUGGAUCUUCCAUGGCUUUGUUUGGCAGAGUAGGUGGCGGUAUCUACACCAAGGCAGCUGAUGUUGGUGCUGACCUCGUCGGGAAGGUUGAGAGGAACAUUCCAGAGGAUGACCCGAGAAACCCCGCUGUGAUUGCUGACAAUGUUGGUGAUAAUGUUGGGGAUAUUGCCGGGAUGGGAUCUGAUCUUUUUGGUUCAUAUGCUGAAUCAUCUUGCGCUGCUCUGGUUGUUGCUUCAAUCUCAUCUUUUGGUAUCAACCAUGAUUUCACUGCUAUGUGUUAUCCUCUCCUCAUCAGUUCCAUGGGCAUUCUCGUUUGCUUGAUCACAACUCUCUUUGCCACUGAUUUCUUUGAGAUCAAGGCUGUCAAGGAAAUUGAACCAGCGUUGAAGAAGCAACUUAUCAUUUCCACUGUUCUUAUGACUGUUGGAAUCGCAAUUAUUAGCUGGAUUGCUCUUCCUGAUACCUUCACAAUUUUCAAUUUUGGUUCUCAGAAAGUUGUCAAGAACUGGCAGCUAUUCUUGUGUGUUGGUGUUGGUUUGUGGGCUGGACUCAUUAUUGGGUUUGUGACCGAGUACUAUACCAGUAAUGCAUACAGCCCAGUGCAAGAUGUGGCUGAUUCCUGCAGGACUGGCGCUGCAACCAAUGUUAUCUUUGGGCUUGCUUUGGGAUACAAAUCUGUCAUAAUUCCGAUUUUUGCCAUUGCAGUCAGCAUUUUUGUUAGUUUUAGCUUUGCUGCCAUGUAUGGUAUUGCAGUGGCUGCCCUUGGAAUGCUGAGCACCAUUGCUACAGGUUUAGCUAUUGAUGCUUAUGGGCCCAUCAGUGACAAUGCUGGAGGUAUUGCUGAAAUGGCUGGCAUGAGCCACCGUAUCCGUGAAAGGACAGAUGCUCUCGAUGCUGCUGGGAACACCACUGCUGCCAUUGGAAAGGGAUUUGCCAUUGGAUCUGCUGCUCUGGUAUCUUUGGCCUUAUUUGGUGCCUUCGUGAGUCGGGCAGCCAUCUCAACCGUCGAUGUUUUGACCCCAAAGGUCUUCAUUGGUCUGAUUGUCGGUGCUAUGCUUCCCUACUGGUUCUCUGCCAUGACCAUGAAGAGUGUGGGCAGUGCAGCUCUGAAGAUGGUUGAGGAGGUUCGCAGGCAGUUCAAUACCAUCCCAGGUUUAAUGGAGGGUCAUGCUAAGCCCGACUAUGCCACCUGUGUCAAGAUCUCUACUGAUGCUUCCCUCAAGGAGAUGAUUCCUCCCGGUGCUCUUGUCAUGCUUACACCUCUCAUCGUUGGAACAUUCUUUGGUGUUGAGACCCUUUCCGGUGUUCUUGCCGGUUCCCUUGUUUCUGGUGUCCAGAUUGCUAUCUCUGCAUCUAACACCGGUGGUGCCUGGGACAAUGCUAAGAAGUACAUUGAGGCUGGUGCUUCUGAGCAUGCAAGAACUCUUGGCCCGAAGGGAUCGGAGCCACACAAGGCGGCUGUUAUUGGUGACACCAUUGGAGACCCACUCAAGGACACCUCAGGACCUUCGCUUAACAUCCUCAUAAAGCUCAUGGCUGUGGAAUCCCUCGUCUUUGCUCCUUUCUUCGCGACCCACGGUGGCCUGCUUUUCAAGAUUUUCUGAGGGAACUAAGUUGAUGAUGAAAAGAGAACGUUUAGAGGGGCUUUCAAAGGUUUGCAUCUUUUUGUUCUAUUUUUUGUCCCUUGGGGCGAAAGGCUUUUUGAAUUUCAACCUCUUUUUCUUGUGCUAAUGUACUGCUAGCUAGUCUUUUGGAUAAAGUUUUGAACCCCGAGAAUCGAUUACAAACACUAGUUUUGCGAAUGUUGAAAAUACCUUCGAUGUUAUUAGUUAACUGUUGAAAUGGGGUGCUCAAUAUAGGCUCCACAA